GUGAUGUUUAAUGAUAAAAGACCACUGAUGAAGAAUAAAUACAUGCGUCCUUAAAACUGCUCUGUGACUACAAAAUCGAGAAGGCGGAGAAGAAGAAAGAAGAAAGAAGAAGUGAAAAAAGGAAGAAAAACGGCGCCGAGUUAGUCUCUGUCUUGGUGUUUCACGCCGUGUAAACGGAAUCCGUUACUGAGUGAAAGAUGGUGAUGGACUCAUCAAAGUGGUGGUGGAUUGGAAAUCACAACACGACAAACUUCUCUCCAUGGCUUCAUUCUACUCUCUCUGAAUUGGAUGAAAAGACAAAGGGAAUGCUGAGAGUGAUUGAGGAGGAUGCGGAUUCUUUCGCCGCACGAGCUGAGAUGUAUUAUAAGAAAAGGCCUGAGCUUAUAGCUAUGGUGGAAGAUUUCUACCGUUCACAUCGCUCGUUAGCCGAGAGGUAUGACUUGUUGAGACCCUCUUCUGUGCACAAACAUGGCUCCGAGAGUCAUGAGAAAUCAUCAACUUGCCAUGAGUCUUUCUGGUCCGAGGCGUGCGAGACUCAUGAGGAGUACGCAGAGUCUGAAGUAGAUGAUGGUGAAACCAAAUGGGUCGAUGAUGGCAUUGUUGAGGAAACGGAGCCACCUCAAGUCGAUCGUUGUGAGGCUAACGGAGAUUAUGAGAUGAUGAAAGAAGAGAUGGAGAGGCUGAGAGAGGAGAAUAAGGUUUACAGUGAGAUGGUGAGAGAGAAAGAUGAAGAGAAGAGAGAAGCUAUAAGGCAGAUGAGUUUAGCAAUACAAAUGCUUAAAGAAGAAAACUCAGGUCUCAAGAAAUGUGUUUCCACUGCUGUUGCAAGGCGUAAUAAGGAAGGUGAUGAUUCUCAGAGGAAGCAACAGAUGUGGAAGCCUUUCGAGUUUAAGAAGAUUAAGCUUGAAGCGUUGGGGAGAGUAGUAGGCAAUUGGGUCCUCCCAAAGACCGAUUCUACUUCCAGAGAGCUCAUGACUCUUUAAAAAAAAAAACAGAGAGAUCUGUGUGAUGAAGAACACAAACCGACCAACUUCUAUAUAUAUAUCUUUGUACUCUGUGACAGGUAGGGUAUACUCAAGUAGUUAGUGUGUAAGCCUUCAAAGGAUUAUAGUUAUAGCUAAAGUUCAUGCAUGUUUGUUUUACAUUUUCGCUAGUUCUUUUGUUUUUUCUUUCUUUGGAAAUCAAUUUUUUUGUUCUUUAUAGUGUAAGAUCUUUUUUUGGUGGGGGGGUGUUUAAAUGGUUACAAUAAGAAGUUGUUUAAAAGUUUAUGAUCAUUAUGUGGUUUGUGUCGAAGGUAUAUGAUAAGUCUACAAAAAAACGAG